UUCCCUUCGCUGAAUCUUUCAGGAGGGUAGUGCGACCCUCUCUUUUGCUCGGAGCGCACUGUGAACGGACACUCGAAAAGAUCUGUGAAGAAACAGGUAAAGUAAGUACAUCGGGCGCCCUGUCAAUAACAGAAAGAAAGAAAGAAAGAAAGAAAGAAAGAAAGAGAGAAGGGAGAGGAAGACUUUUCCUGCACGGAUAAGCAAGACAAGAGUCCAAGACAAGUAAUUGUUUGGCAUGCAGCAUGACCUGGCAGCCUCAGGAAUUUGCGUUAUCUGUACAGGACUCCAGCUGAAACCCAUACCCACUCCUCCUCCAUGUUCAGCCAGACAGGACACAUCCUGACGCUUCCAUGGAAGGCAAACAGGAGCAUUUUUGGUUCUAAGCCCUCUCCCCGAUUGAAUCACCGGUAACACCACCCUUUUCCCAAAUAAAAAUGAGAAACAUGCCAGCGGGGAUCGGGGUGCUGCUUCUGUUCACGCUCUCCAGAGCGAUCUUCGUCUCACUGGGAGAUUCCGGCUUCACCAGGAGAGAGAUCAAGAUGGAGGGAGACCUGGUGCUGGGGGGCCUCUUUCCCGUCCACGAGAAGGGGCUGGGGAUGGACGAGUGUGGCCGGAUAAACGAGGACCGCGGGAUACAGCGGCUGGAGGCCAUGCUGUUCGCCAUCGACGAGAUCAACCGGGACCCUUCGGUGCUGCCCGGCGUGGUGCUGGGGGCGCACAUCCUCGACACCUGCUCUCGAGACACCUACGCUCUGGAGCAGUCCCUGGAGUUUGUCAGGGCGUCGCUCACCAAAGUGGACGACACAGAGUUCAUCUGUCCGGACGGGUCCUACGCCCUGCAGGAAAACACCCCUUUAGCCAUCGUGGGUGUCAUCGGGGGCUCCUUCAGCAGUGUCUCUAUCCAGGUCGCCAACCUACUGCGGCUGUUCCAGAUCCCUCAGAUCAGCUACGCCUCUACCAGUGCCAAGCUGAGUGACAAGACCAGGUACGAUUACUUUGCCCGGACAGUCCCGCCUGACUUCUACCAGGCCAAGGCCAUGGCCGAGAUCCUGCGCUUCUUCAACUGGACUUACGUGUCCACGGUGGCUUCCGAAGGCGACUACGGGGAGACGGGAAUCGAGGCCUUUGAACAGGAAGCCAGGCUCCGCAACAUCUGCAUUGCCACCUCGGAGAAGGUCGGCCGCUCGAACGCCAAGAAGUCAUACGACGCCGUCAUCCGGCAGUUGCUGCAGAAGCCCAACGCCAAAGUGGCGGUCCUGUUCAUGCGCAGCGACGAUGCCCGGGAACUGCUGGCCGCCGCCGGCCGCCUCAACGCCUCCCUCAUCUGGAUUGCCAGCGACGGCUGGGGGGCGCAGGAGAGCAUCGUCAAGAGCAACGAGAACGUCGCUGACGGGGCCAUCACGCUGGAGCUGGCCGCCCACCCAGUGAGGGAGUUCAACCGCUACUUCCAGCACCUCAACCCCAACUCCAACUUGCGAAACCCCUGGUACAAGGACUUCUGGGAGCAGAAGUUUCAGUGCUCCCUGGGUGGGAUGGGGGAGGAAAAAGCUUCACACCUGAGGCCUUGUGCAAAGCACCUGGCGGUCAACAGCUCCAAUUUUGAGCCUGAGUCUAAGAUCAUGUUUGUGGUGAACGCUGUGUAUGCCAUGGCCCACGCUCUGCACAAGAUGCAUCGCACGCUAUGCUCCAACACCACGCAGCUGUGCGAUGCUAUGAAAGCCUUAGACGGGAGGAAACUGUAUAGGGAUUACCUACUCGACAUCAACUUCAAGGCACCCUUCUCUCCGCCUGGGAUUGACAGCUUUGUGAAGUUCGACGCCAACGGCGAUGGGAUGGGUCGCUACAACAUCUUCAACUACCAGAAGACGGUGGAGAAAUACAGCUACGUCCCGGUGGGAGAGUGGGCGGAGACCUUGACCCUGAACAACGAGCUCAUCCGCUGGUCCCAGGGCGGAGUGGCCACGCCCACGUCCCAGUGCAGCGACCCGUGUGCCCGUAACGAGAUGAAGAAGAUGCAGGCGGGCGAGUACUGCUGCUGGAUCUGCACGUCCUGCGACGUCCACGAGUACCUGGCCGACGAGUUCACCUGCGCCCCCUGCAGCCCGGGCCAGUGGCCCAACGAGGACCUGACGGGCUGCUUCGACCUGCCCGAGGACUACAUCAUGUGGGAGGACUCCUGGGCCAUCGGCCCCAUGGCCAUCGCCUGCGCCGGCUUCAUCAGCACCACGCUGGUGGCCGGGGUCUUCAUCCGCAACAACGACACCCCGCUGGUCAAGGCGUCGGGCCGAGAGCUCUGCUACAUCCUCCUGCUGGGCGUCUUCAUGUCUUACGGCAUGACCUUCUUCUUCAUCGCCAAGCCCUCGCCGGCCAUCUGCACCCUGCGGCGCCUGGGCCUGGGCACGUCCUUCGCCGUGUGCUACUCCGCCCUGCUCACCAAGACCAACCGCAUCGCACGCAUCUUCGGCGGGGUGAAGGACAGCGCCCAGCGGCCGCGCUUCAUCAGCCCCAGCUCGCAGGUCUUCAUCUGCCUGAGCCUCAUCUCCGUGCAGCUGGUGCUGGUGUCCGUCUGGCUCCUGCUGGAGGUGCCGGGCACCCGCCGCUUCACGCUGCCCGAACGCCGGGAAACGGUCAUCCUCAAGUGCAACGUGCGCGACUCCAGCAUGCUCCUCUCGCUCUCCUACGACGUGGUUCUGGUCAUCCUGUGUACCGUGUACGCCUUCAAGACCAGGAAGUGUCCCGAGAACUUUAACGAGGCCAAGUUCAUAGGCUUCACCAUGUACACCACCUGCAUCAUCUGGCUGGCCUUCCUGCCCAUCUUCUACGUCACCUCCAGUGAUUACCGAGUGCAGACCACAACCAUGUGCAUAUCGGUCAGCCUGAGCGGCUUCGUGGUCCUGGGGUGCAUGUUCGCCCCGAAGGUGCACAUCAUCCUGUUCCAGCCGCAGAAGAACGUCACCAGCCACCGGCACAACCUAAACCGCUUCAGCGUGGGUGGCACGGCGGCACCCUACUCUCACGGUUCUGUGAGUGCCCAUUACGUGCCCACAGUCUGUAAUGGCAGAGAGAUCGUCGACUCCACCACUUCCUCCCUGUGACCUCCAUUAAACCCCUCUAACUCUUCCUCUUAGACUGUUAGAAAAUUUGCACAUAUUGUGCACCUCCUGUGAGCUAGUACCAUUAAUGUAGAAAGUGUGUAUUACAUUAUUUUUAAGGGCUGUACAUAAAAAAAAACUGACAUUGUUGUAGAGAAAAAAGUAAAAUUUAUAGGAUGUUUUUGGGGAAGUUUGUUUUUUGAUAGCUUUACUAUGCUUUGUAAAUAACCAUAAACUCCAGUGUUAUACUGUACAUUUUUAAUUGGAUGCAGCAGUAACACACUGACGUGCUGCACUGGGGAUUUUGGACAAGCUACUUGUCUCUUUAUUUUGUAGGCCUCAUUGUGAUAACAGAUUAUUUGUUUCUAUGUUGUAUAUAAUAUGUACAUUACCUUUAAAUGAUGGUUUUAACAGCACAAGUUGACAGUAUUACGCAAAUUGACAAAAAAAUACAGUAUUUUAAAAAUGCAAUUUUAAGGCUCCUCUAACUAUUGGUGUUUGUAAAGUCUGUAGGAUGUCAAAGAUGCCUGUGCUGUCUGACAUUAUCAUCUUGAGUCACAGAGUGUAAUGACAAUGAAACCGUGGCGGACCUUGCUAAUAGUAUGUAAUCUGUAGUAAAAUGUAAUGAUGUUUAUUGAUGGCUUUUGUGCCUUAAACUUGUCUUGUAGUUUUAUAAUGAGAUUGUGUGCACAUAGGAUGCAGGUGCAUCAUGUUGCCUUGUAUGGCAUACAAUUUUUAAGGCAUUGCUGUUUUAGAGACACAGGUAUAUUGAGUCAAUUUGAGUCAUGCCAACUGCUGUUAAAACAACAGGUAUCUGUGUUUAGAGGCAAUGUGAAUGUCUUUGUGAUGUUUAUUUAUUUAUGAAGACCCAAAAGUCAUACUCUGGACUAUUUUUAAAAAAAUGAAAAUUCAGGCAAACAAGACAUCAGACAGUAGUUACAAACAUCUGUAGUGAACAAAAACAUGACAUAAGAGUACUCCUUAAGCCAUUCAUAUUUAAUAAAUUAUCAUAACAGUAAAUAAUAGAUAUUGUUUAAACUUGACUUGUACAACUCAGCAUGAUGUACACCACAAUACAAAAUAUUUAAAAUGUUGUACAUCAGAGCUUUCAUUAUGAGAAUGGCAUCCUCAUUGAACUUGUCUUCCAAUGUAUUAGAGUAAUUAAACAGACAAAUCUGUUGAAAAAUGAAAGAAACAGACUUAACAUGGAGGCUGAAAUGUCAGAAGUACCACAUCUGCUCCUCACUGCUUUGUUGUGUUCUAUUACAGUAAAAAAAAAAAAAAAAAAAAAAAAACAUUGCAUUUGCAUUCAAAGGUAAAACAUUUUCUAAAAUCCAAUGUUCUGCACAUUGAAGUUAUCCACGGAUCUCUGUGGUAGCAUGGCUUCUGAACACACCCAGAUACAUUUGAGAGUCUGCUAUUGAAAAUGAAAUGCCUCAGAUCCCUGUGGUUAAAAAAAUAAAAUACAAAAGAAAUGUGCAUGUUGGUAUUGCAAGACGAAGCUGUGCUGUGGAUUUGUAAAAUAGCCACAUGCCCCAGGUCGAGCAGUUUCUCUAAAACAUGUGGGAUUAUAUAUUUGUAGCAUGCAGUGCAUCUGUUCACUCCCCAGUCCUUCUCUGGGAGACACACAGCGUGGCACUAUGGCUUGUGUGGACAACCACAGACAACAUCUCUCCCAAAAUCCUUUGAGAGAGGGCUUGGAGCUCGGCUGGUGCCCUCAGACAGUUUGCCGACAUUUCUAUUCUUGCCUCCACUGAGGACGUUGCAGAACAGGGCAGGGGCUAUGGCUCGCAAGCUCUACCUGCAUAUAAAUGCAGGUCCAAGUCAGGCACAACCCAUGCAGACAAGUCUCAAAAAUAUGUUUGCACACAAGUGGUCUCCCCCAAAGUGCAAGGUUGUGAGAUGGAAUACAUACUGCCUGGUUUAAUGGCAAGUCCAAUUUCCCAGUUGUCCCAAUGCAGAAAAAAUCUGUGUUGUCUUGGGCCAAUCUGAACUCAGGCAGUGUCUGGCUAAGCAAAAAGCAAUAGUUCAGUGCCGAUGACAAGCGCAAUAACGAGGACAUGAGCACAUGACAAUAAACACUAAUCAAUCA